CAAGGGGGCGCACGGUUUUUUGCCGCCGGGGUUGUGCUUUCUCGAGUGGGCGGACCAUAGCGGUGACAGCGACGCUCGGAGUCUCCCGACAAAGUGUCAAAAAGCAAACAACUAAAGCCAUGGCGGAGUUAGACUUGAGUCUGAGUGACGCUCUGACGGACAGCGCUCCACAGCAGGGUCCUGAAAGCUUGGUGGAAAGGGACUUUGUGGCUCAGUUGGAGGCAGAGACCUAUGACGAUCAGAUCGGGGAGAAGGUUGGCAAGACAGACUACAUCCCCUUGUUGGACAAUGACGAUGCAGAUACUGCUUUGGGAAAUGGACAACAGCAAGCUCAGGGCGUGCAAAAGCCUGCUUGCAAAGCGACCACAGGGGGGCAGUCAUCAAUGUUGCACCCAGAGAGUACAGGAGAGAAGAACACACACAAAGUCAACCAGCAGCAGGUCUUGGCAGAGGACUUCUUGUCAGCCGCCAUAGCAGCUUAUUCAGACCCUCUGACCUCUGACCCUGUCCAAAUUAUGCAUUCAGGCCCUGCCGUGGGAAUAUUUUCAGGUUUCUGCCAGCCUGCAGGAUUAGGAGCCAACAUGGAGGUGGGGACAACUCUUCUCCCAGCAGCCAAGCCUCCAAGUAUCGCUGACCCUCUGCAACCAUCGUCAGGCUCAGACGCCCCAAAAAUGUCCAACAGCCCCAUGCUGCCGGAACCCCAAGCCCCUCGAAGCCCUUUGGACAUGUCAGCAGGUGCUCUAGGUGACUGCUGGCCAGACCCGACUGGCUGCCUUUCGCCCGACCUUCCUUUCUCCCCCAGCGUGACCUCCGUGAUAAAUCGCCACGCCAACAGUCUCGCCAUGAGCCCCGACACUCCCCCGGAGACCUGGCCCGGCAGGGAAAGCGCCGCCUACGCCGCGGCCGACGAACGGGAGGGAGAGGAGUCGGACAGAAAACAGAAGAAGAAGAAGAAAAGGCGACAAAAAGAGGAGGGCUCUCAUGAACACUUUGAGGUGCAGUCCCAGGGAGAAAACGCCGCCUCGGCGCAACUACCCCACCAGCAGAAAAGUGGAGACGGCGUGUGGGAAGAGCAGAUUUGGAAGAGUGGAGGGCGGGGUAAGAAGGGGAAAAGCAGGAAGAAGAUUCCUGAAGAGUGGGAAGUGAAUCCUGAACAAAUGGACACUGAUGCUAAAAUCACACAGGACGUGAUGAAGGAUCUUGGAAGUUCAGCUCUGAUUGACAUCUCCUUUCCUGACCCCAAGCAGACUUCCUGGAAGAAGGAGAUCUUCCCAGAGGAAGGUUUGAUUCCCGCUCCUCUAUCUCACGAUCUGUUGUCUCCUGAGAGCGUUUCCAUCAGUCCACUCGUGCUGAACAGCGAGCUGAAAGCCACGGCAGCUCCGUUCACCAUGCCCUCCUCCACCUGUCCUGGACCUGCAGCCUCCUUAGCCGGGCCUCAAAGUCCAGAUGAACCCUUUAAUCUGCUGAUCGAUGUUAAAGAUGUGGACAUGGUUGACAGCGGGAUGUUUGACAGCAGCAGUUUUUUCCAGGAGCCUCGCAUACAAGCCAUGGACACGUCUGCUUUUAGUCCUUCUCCGCAGCCGAGCGCCAACCUUUCCGUAGAAGGUGCGGUGUUGGCGUCGGCCCCGCCCCUGUCCCCGUCAGACGCUUCAUGGCUGCUGAACAACUCGCAAGUGAGCAGCAAUAACGAGCAGUUCGAUUUCAGCGACACGAGCGCUCCAAGUCCAAGCCUGGUCUUCGACACCCCGAGCCCCGCCCCCCUGCGCUCCCCUAAAACCACAGCACAACAAUCCAAAAGCAAAGAUCACAAACACGACCUAAAACAAUCCAAGAAGUCACGUUCGUCUCCUCUUCAAAGUCCGACAUCAGCAGAGGUGAAGCAGUUCCCGCCAGCAGAGUCUGCAGGUAUCAGCCCGGCUUCUUCCCCAUCAGCCAGCCCUCUCGGACCUCCUGGAUCUGCUCUUAAUCCUGCAGCCAAGCCUUUCUUCCCCAGUUUUGCUGAUUCUUUGGAACAACCAACUGUGGUCGCCCCCGCCAUCCAAGACAUCAAGGUCAAGUCAGACAAAAAGGAGGAAAAGCCGGAUGUGGGUGAAACUGAGCAGAAGAGCGUGAAGGUUGAAUGUGCAGUCAGUGAAGCAGCAACUAAGAUGGAGAUUGACAAAGAAAAACAAAACAAAUUGUGGAAUGAACCUGAAAAUCUGCAUGAGAAGGAGAAGAAGGAGGCAGAGAAGUUUUUAAACGAAGCUAAAUGUGAGGAAGAGAAGGGAAAAGAAUCAGAAAAGUUUCCUAAUGAAAAAGUGAAAGUGAAAGAGGAACAAGAGAAGGUUGAAGAAAAGACAAAUCAGUCUGAGAAGGAAAAAAUAUUGCAGCAGAAAACGGAAGAGAAAAGUCAGAAAGUGGAAGAAAGUGCAGCCAACAAGAAGACAACCACAAUUUUUGAUGAGGUGGAAACGUUGACGGCAAAGAAAGAUGAGAGCGUUGAAAAGAAAAUGUCAGAAAAGGAUGAAAAAACACAAAAAGUGAGCAAAGAUCAACAUGUUGGAGACAAAGUGGAAACACCGGAGAAGCAGGUGACGUCUGUUAAGAUCCACGCCGCUCCUGAAAAGACAGAGAAGAUGUCUGACGUGAUGACGGACAUGUGGGAAGCUUCUAAACCUUCAGUUGUUGUGGAGAAAGUGAGGAUAGAAGAAGAAGAAGUGAAGAUAGUCAGUGGGAAAACAGUAGAGGUGAAUCAGAUCGUCCAGAAAGAAGAGCCGAGAGACAAAAUUAAGAUUGUGGAGGAGGAGGACAAGAAAGACGACAAGAAGGACGAGAAGGAGGACAAGAAAGACGACAAGAAAGAUGUCACAAAGGACGAGAAGAAAGACGAUAAGGAGGACAAGAAAGACGAGAAGGAUGAGAAGAAAGACGUCAAGAAGGAUCAGAAGAAAGACGAGAAGAAGGAAAAAGCAGUGAAGACAGAAGGAGUCGACAAAGCCAAGAAAACAAAAACUUUCACUAACGGGAGCAGUGGAACAAGCAAAGAAUCAACAAGUGCCGACAAAAAGACCAAGCUUGCUGGAGUUACGGCUGCAACCAAACCGAGUGCCGCCGCCGCCGCCGCCAAAACACGACAGGUCACUGCCGCUGCCGGUAGCAGUUCUGCAGCAACAACCACAAAGCGCCCAACACCCCCAUCAACCACCGCCAUCUCAGACAAAAAACACACAACCACAAAGGCUCCAUCGACGGCUCCUGCUGGCCCAAGACGGCCUUCCUCCAACACUACAAGCCGCCCCUCAUCGUCAGCCACCGCGACUACUACAACACGUGACGUCAAACCCAAGACUCUCGCAGAGAAGCGCCCCCCUGUGCCAAAGGCCGGUACUGCUGCCUCAAGUCAAGCAGGCUCGUCUGCCGCCAUCAAAAAUGGAACAACGGGCACAACAUCGACCACGAGAACAACAACAUCAACGCGUAUGACAACAUCAGCUCGCACUACCGCCCCCAAAAAGCCGCUGGCCUCGAAGACCGACAGCCAAUCAGGUGUGGAGAAGAAGCCCAGCACUCUAAAAACUUCCACAGCUGAUUCCACCAAACCUAAGACCACCACUACCACCACCACAACAACUCGGACGUCCAGUUCCACUGCGACCGCCGCCUCUCGCGCACGAGCCGCAGCCACCAAAGCCAGCUUACCUUCCACCACUGCAGUACCAGAGAAGAAGCCAGCAGUACCUCGUGUUCCAAGGACCACAUCUUCAGCAGCAGCAGCAGCAGCUACCAGCACCGGCAGCUCCUCCAGGACUACGGCUCGUCUUGGAACUUCAUCAGCGCCUGACAUCAAGAACGUUCGCUCUAAGAUCGGCUCGACAGACAACAUGAAGCACCAACCAGGCGGUGGAAAGGUGUCAGCAGCCUCUAAGAGCAGAGGUCUGGCCUCCAAAGAAACAAGCCAGGUCAAAGUUCAGAUAGUCUCCAAAAAACUGGACUUCAGUCAUGUGGGCGCACGCUUGGGCUCCAAGGACAAUAUGAAGCAUGUUCCUGGUGGAGGGAAUGUGCAGAUCCUCAGCAAGAAGGUGGAUUUAAGUAAGGUGACGUCAAAGUGCGGCUCUAAGGACAACAUCAAACACAAGCCUGGUGGCGGUAUUGUGAAGAUCGAGUCACACAAAGUGAACUUUAGAGAAAAGGCUCAGUCCAAAGUGGGCUCCAUGGACAACGUGAGCCAUUCCCCCGGUGAAGGAAACGUCUGGGCUGAGGGGGCCCAGGAGACAGGAGAGGGUGUUGGGACCCCAUCCCUGGCACCUGGCCCAGAGUCUGGGCAGGUGGGGAGCCUUGCUGCACAUGAGAAUGGUCUGAAGGAGGGGGCUCUGUGUGAUAGUGAGGGCCUCCAGGAGCCCAAGGCUCUGGUUGCUCACAUCCCCGAGACAAGCAUCUAAUACUGCUAUCCCUCUGCCCCCCCUCACCCCCCAACUCUCCUCCACUCCCUUCUCUCGUCAUCCCCACUCUCCUCCCCCUUAUUCUCUUUCCUACAUUUCUGCCGCAGAUUGAGUCGUUCAAGCUAAACUUCCGCGAGACGGCUCGCUCACGCACGGACCACGGCGCCGACAUCAUCACCUGGCCCGCCGCCUCCCAUGACGACAACAGACCCCACCCUCGUGGUCCCUCCCGCAGCAGUGUGCCCCUUAGUGAGAAGUUGGCCCCCCACAGUCUCUGUCCCUUCCUC